AUGAAGGCCCUUUUAUAUUUUUGUGUAGCGAUAUCGGUGAUUUAUGCUGAAAACAUUCAGUUGUCAUCAAAUGAAGUUGCGUGGACGUUUUCAAACGGCAACGGUUCAAUUAUGGGACAUGCGACCGUCCCGGGCGGAGUGUAUUCCGACUUGAAGAAUGCCAACAUUAUUGGCGACAUCCUGUGGGAUCGUAAUGACGUCCUCACGCGGUGGGUGGCUUACGACACGUGGACUUAUAGUGUUAAGUUCAAUGUAUCAGCUGAACAGCUAAACAUGCGAGUAUGCCAACUGGUUUUCGAAGGACUUGAUACAAUCGCGUUCGUGGAACUAAACGACAUUCCUGUUGGAACGGGCACUAACAUGUUCGUACGUUACGUGUAUGAUAUUAAGACCGUAAUUCAGAUUGGGGAGAAUACGUUGAAGGUUACAUUUAUAUCCCCGGUGGAAGCUGCACGUAUGCGCUCUGAGAAGCAGUUUAUAGCGCCAGAAUGUGUACCGGGCGAAUACAACGGUGAAUGUCAUAUCAACCAGCUGAGGAAAAUGCAGGCUUCUUUCAGCUGGGAUUGGGGGCCCGCGUUUCCGUCCGUUGGGAUCUGGAAACCAGUAUAUAUAGAAAUGUAUGAUUCAGCGAUAAUACGAGCAAUCACCACACACACAAACAAAUACGAGUCAACAUGGAACUUAAAAAUAAAAGCUUAUUUGGAGACCCGACUGAAGUCAAGUGAAAUCAAAGGGACGUUGGUUACUUCUUUGCAAUUAGAGGGAAAACAGACCUUGAAAAGGUGGUUAGAAUUUAAUACGUUCACAAGGGACGACGGGACUGCUGAAGUUGAUAUGGAUCUGCCAGUUAGCGAGAACUUAAUAAGACUAUGGUGGCCGAACGGCUACGGGGACCAAGUAUUAUAUAACUUAAAAGUGCAGUUAAGUAUGGAAAGUAACAACAAUGAAAUUUCAUAUGCUAAUGUGAAGAUUGGCUUCAGAACUAUUGAGCUUAUUGAAGAAAAUGCUUCGUCUAAGCUAGGUAAUUCUACUUCUGCUGGUACCGGUCUCACAUUUUACUUUAAAGUCAACGGUUACCCCAUCUUCAUGAAAGGUUCGAACUGGAUUCCAGCAAACGUUCUCCCGGAACUUGGUGAAAAACAAACUGACAUAGUGGAUAAAUUGUUGCGGGAUGCUCGCGAUGCUCAUAUGGCAAUGCUACGCGUGUGGGGUGGCGGUGUUUAUGAGUCCGACUACUUCUAUGACAAGUGCGAUGAGUAUGGUAUUUUGAUCUGGCAAGACUUUAUGUUUGCUUGCUCCAUGUAUCCUGUAGACAUUGAUUUCAUUAGUUCGGUGCAGGAUGAAAUAGAACAAAAUGUACUACGCCUACAGCACCAUCCCUCUAUUGCUAUUUGGGCCGGAAAUAACGAAAACGAAGUAGCUCUAAGAGGCAAUUGGUAUCACACACAAUAUGAAUUCGAACGAUAUAAAAAAGAAUACAUCAAAUUGUACGUGGACACUAUUAAACCAAUCGUUGAAGAUGUGGACCCUGGUAGACGUUAUUUAGUAUCUAGUCCAUCAAAUGGUUUAGAGUCAGAGAAGGAAGGUUAUAUAGCAUUAAAUCCGUAUGACGCUCAUUAUGGUGACACACAUUACUACAAUUAUAUGGCAGAUAAUUGGGAUAUGAAUAUAUUUCCAAAUACUAGGUUUGCGUCCGAAUAUGGUUUCCAAUCAUUACCGUCGCUUGCCACUAUGAGAACUGCAACCAAUAAGUCAGAAGAUUUAAGUUUAGAUAGUGUAUAUUCUAUUCAUAGACAACACAGCCCCAAUGGAUAUAUAUUCAUUAAAAACCAAUUACAAGAACGUCUGAAAUUAGAAAAUACGGAUGCCAACUAUUUCGAAAAAUUCGUGUUUUACAGCCAGAUUUCACAAGCAAUGUCCAUAAAGGCCGAAACUGAAUUCUACAGACAGAGCCAAGCUGAUUGGUAUACAAUGGGAGCUCUAUAUUGGCAACUAAAUGAUAUUUGGCAGGCGCCAUCUUGGUCUAGCAUAGAGCACGGAGGCAAGUGGAAGAUGCUGCAUUACUUUGCCAAAUCAUUUUUCGCGCCUGUUCUCGUUUCACCGCGCCUGCGGAUGGCUGGUGACAUUGACGUUUAUCUAAUAAACGACAGAUUCGUGCCAAUAAAUGGAUCGGAGAUUAUCGUCCAACUCUUCCAUUGGAAUACGUUAAUACCAACUUAUACGAAGAUAUUUCCUGCUAGUAUUGGACCACUAUCAUCUAAGUUACUAGAUAUUAAGACAGAUUAUUGGGAACACCACAAGCUGGAAAAUAUUUUCUUAAAGUUUUCUUUUAAAGCGCCAGGAGUGAAAUAUUCCCCACCGAAUUAUGUGUUUCCUAAGCCUUUGAAAUCCAUUGUGGGUUUGAAGGAGCCUAAUAUUCAGUUCAACGUGUCAAAUAUUGUUAUCAAGACGUCGGAUCGCAAACUAGAGUAUUCCUUCACGUUCAAUGUUGACACUGUGGUGCUGUUUUUAUGGUUGGAGACAGAUAUAGAGGGCGCUUUUCAAGACAAUGGAAUCAUUGUCACAGAGGAGAUCUUCAAUAUAGUCUUUGUAUGCGAUCAGUAUAUAGCGCCACAGAUACUGCGUAAUUCCCUUAAGAUACAAUAUUAUAUGCAUUGA